GAGAACCGUAUCUAAGGAAAAAAGAAAAAAAGCAUUAUGUCGAGAAUAAUGGCUGAUCGAGUUCUCUACAAUUUAAUACGACUCUCUCCGAUUUGAGAUAGAUAUUACUUUACGGUACCAAUCGAUCAUUGUCUUUGCAGUCUAUGGUAUCGAUUAUGCGUGUACUGUAAAUACAUGGCUCAAAUUAUAUUCUCAUUGAUAAGAACAUUUAUUAUUAACUUCAUAUUUUCAUGUAUUAAUACAAAUAAAGGAUUACAGUAAGUACAAUUGUGAUAAAGUACACGUGUUGUCCCAUGAUCGUUUUUAGGAUAAUUUUGAGUUUGCGCUGUUUAAGAUACAAGAACGAGAUAUAAGGUCAAUUUCUCGUGAAGAAGGAGGUCAACGGGGCGCGACUUGCGUAACCCUGGCGUACAGCCAGUAUGUUACAGAGCACAACGCCAGAGUUCAAUGGAGUAACUUCAAGUAAAGUGUAUUUAUACACCUUGAAGAUGUGUACAUACGCAGUGGACCUUGUAAAGAAUAGACUAAUGCUAAAAUUGUUCUUUGUCUGAAGGAAAUUUCAUUGCGCAUGCAAAUGAGAAUUUAACACGCGAUUACAAGCUCAAAUACAUUAUAUCGAACUUGCAACGUGGAACUUAAGUGUAUGGAUUGGAUUAAAUGACGACCUUGAUGACGUAUGCGGCUGUCUGCGUAUAGUGCAAUAACUGAAGUCAAUGCACCUGAAAGCAGUUCGAAGCGGUUUCAUUACUUGAUAGGGAUUAGGCACUCACAAGAUUUAGACAUAUACAAAAUGAUAAAACAGAAAAAUUCUAGGAAACUUCUUUUAAGUGAUUAACUUGGACUGAAUGGCAUAUUCAAAGUGCUUCAUUGUCAGGGUCAUUUUACGCACAGGAAGCUAUUAACAAUUUAUUCUACGGUUUCUGUAGCAUUAUACAGUAUCCACUGCAUCUACAGUGGAAUAAAUCUAAUUUAAUAUAAAGUAAAAUCACAUUAGGAGUAGUAAUAAAUUAAAUAUUUUAUUAUACUUACGCCAUACAAUUAAGUGGAAUAUUGAAAAGUAUGUUAAAUGAAGGAACGUGUGGAAUAUGAAACUGUGAAGAAUACACACGAAUCAAGCCGGACAUUUAUAAAACGUCAGACUUAGAAUCAAAUUAAGAUUUUACGGCAUUUUGCGAACGAAAAUAUUAUAUAUAUAUCUGCAGUAUGACAUUAGUAUGUAUUAAUGUUGCCUGAAAGCAAGGCAUAUAUAAACAAUAUGACAGAAGGAAGUGAAACACAGCCAACUCCUGGAAAUGAGGCACAACCUGAAGCCUCUGAAGCCAGGGCCAUACAUGGCGAAGGAUUACAUGAAGCAGCAGCAGAAUCAUCUCAAAGUGUACCUGAACCAAAUCAAGAUUUACUUACUGUUCAUGGAGCAACGCAAGGAGAAAGUAGUGAUGCUGUUAGCAUUCAUACUGCUAGUACUUCAGUUUCUGGCAAUGAAUCAAGUUCCAGUAGAGUGAGUGCAAUAACUGUUGUAUUACCUUGGGGUGCUCAGAAAGAGACAGUGAAACCACAACAAAUAGGAGAUAUGGAUUUAAGACCUGGAGAAUUUGUGAUGCGUACUUUAUUUGCAGAGUUUACUACUCAAGCAGAAAAAAAGAUGGAAGCAGUGAUGACAGAACAUGAAAAACCACUUUCGAAAGUUUUACAAAGAGGUGAAGAUCCACAAUUUGAUCAGUUAUUAUCUGCAUUUGGUUCAGUUGCAGAACAUUGUUUACCUUCUAUUUUAAGAGCACUUUUUAACUGGUAUGAACGUCAAUUAAUUGAUCAAGGUAGUGAUCAAAGAAAGCCUGCUCCUGGAAAAGAAGAUCAGAAAGGAAAAAGCAUUAUGUAUACAAUAGUAUCAGGAAGUGUAGAAACAGUUGAAAGAAGUGAAGCAGAUUUACUUCAAGAACGAAGGGAUCUUGCAGUAGAAUUUAUAUUUUGCUUAAUGUUAAUAGAAGUUUUACGUCAAUUACCAUUUCAUCCUGGCCAUGAGGAUUUAGUGACUUACAUAGAAAAUAUAGCUUUUAAACACUUCAAAUAUAGAGAAGGAAUUCAAAAUGAACCAAAUGCAGCAAACAUUCAUAUCAUUGCUGAUCUUUAUGCAGAAGUAAUAGGAGUUCUUGCACAAUCUCGAUUUAUGUCAGUGAGGAAACGUUUCAUGGUCGAACUAAAAGAAUUACGUGCUAAAGAACCAGGACCCCAUACAACACAGAGCAUUAUUUCGUUAUUAAUGGGAAUGAAAUUUUUUAGAGUAAAAAUGGUACCAAUAGAAGAAUUUGAGGCCUCAUUUCAGUUUAUGCAAGAAUGUGCACAAUAUUUUUUGGAAGUAAAAGAUAAAGAUGUAAAACAUGCUUUGGCUGGACUUUUCGUUGAAAUACUUGUUCCUGUUGCUGCUGCUGUUAAAAAUGAAGUUAAUGUACCCUGUCUAAAGAAUUUUGUAGAGAUGUUAUACUCUACAACAUUAGAUAUGUGUACAAAAUCAAAACAUAGAUUAGCCCUUUUUCCUCUUGUAACUUGUUUAUUAUGUGUCAGUCAGAAAACAUUUUUCUUGCAAAAUUGGCAUUACUUUUUAGCAAUGUGUCUUUCACAUUUGAAAAAUCGAGAUCCUAAAAUGUGUCGUGUUGCUUUGGAGGCGCUAUAUCGUUUACUUUGGGUAUACAUGAUACGUAUUAAAUGCGAGAGUAAUUCAGCUACUCAAAGUAGAUUACAGAGCAUAGUAAAUUCUUUGUUUCCAAAGGGUUCAAAGGCAGUAGUACCACGCGACACUCCACUAAAUAUUUUUGUAAAAAUCAUUCAAUUCAUUGCACAAGAGAGAUUAGAUUUUGCAAUGCGAGAAAUAGUAUUUGAUUUGUUAUCCGUGGGCAGACCAGUGAAAAUAAUUUUAACUCCUGAACGUAUGAGUAUUGGACUUCGGGCCUUCCUGGUUGUAGCUGAUAGUUUGCAGCAGAAAGAAGGAGAACCACCUAUGCCGCGUACGAUGGGAGUAUUACCAAGCGGUAAUACUAUGCGAGUUAAAAAAACAUUUCUUAAUAAAAUGUUAACAGAAGAUACUGCAAGAAGUAUAGGAAUGUCAUCGUAUUUUCCACAUGUUCGACGAGUAUUUGUUGAUAUUCUACGUGCUUUGGAUGUUCACUAUGGCAGGCCUCUUAUGAUGACAAGUACUCAAAAUAUGAAUAAGGAGCCGGAUGAAAUGAUUACUGGAGAACGAAAACCCAGAAUAGAUCUUUUUCGAACUUGUGUUGCUGCAGUUCCUCGUUUAAUACCUGAUGGGAUGACAGGUGCUGAAUUAGUUGAUUUAUUAUCACGUUUAACUGUUCACAUGGAUGAAGAGCUUCGUGGAUUAGCAUAUCAAAGUCUACAAACCUUAGUAUUAGACUUCCCUGAUUGGAGGCAAGAUGUUGUUCUUGGAUUUACACAGUUUCUUGCUAGAGAUGUUCAAGAUACUUUUCCACAACUUGUUGAUAAUGGUUUGAGAAUGCUUUUACAACUUCUAACAAGUUGGAAAAAUGCACUAACAAGUCCUAGUAUAAGGUCUAAGGAACAAUCAAUGGAUAAUGCCAGAAACAAUAUACGUGUAGAUAGUAACAUAAAAAAAAGUGAAUCAGGACAAAAGAUAGAACCUGUUUCCAGCGUUUUCCAUUUAGUGGAAGGAUUUGCGUUGGUUACGCUUUGUAACUGUCGCCUUUAUCCUAGAAGAAUAGCAGUUCAUAUAUUACGUGAAGUUAAACAUUUAUUAAAAACAUUGGGAGGCUUAGAAGAUGAUCAACCUGUGAUCGAUGUAAUAGACACUUGUUGUCCAACAGUUCUGGAAAAAUGUUAUCAUAUGUUGCCACCUGCUGAAAAAGCAGCAGCAGCUUCUACUUCUAAUGUUGAUCUUCAGUGGAUAGCUGAAAGAAGUAGUUGUGUAUGGACAGCAGGUCUUCAUGAUGAUACUAGUACAAAAAGUUCUUCUUCUUUAAAUUUGAAUGGAGCAGAUCCAUGGGGAAGUUGUUUGUUUGCAUUUUUAGAAAAAGAUAGAGUACUAACACUAUGUCCCACUGCUGUUGCACAUUCGUGGCCUAUCGUUUUUACUCGGAUAAAUUCACUUUUCUCAGUAAUUGAUCCUACACCUGUGAAUGACAAUAGAGCUUCUCUCUUAAGAAGUUCAACUGCAGUCCGAAAACCUGUGAAUGAGAGAGAUAUGUACAUGCAUGUGUGGAAAAAUUAUUUAACUUUUGGAUACAGAGUCGUUCCACCAGUGCCAAGCCCUGUUGUACGAUGUGCAAGUCCAGAUCUCAGCCUAAGUGGUCAGCAUACGGUGGAGUUUGGUGUGUUGUGCAUGAGUAAGGAGUUGAGUCAGAGCCUGGAGAAUCUCGGUGGGGCACAGACCCUACCGGGUCGCUUCUCUGUUCCGUCCAUUUCCGGCAUCUACACCAGGCAUAAGCGGACCAGCUCAUCGCCGGAUAGUCUGUCUGCCGAACGAGGUGAUAACAAAUCACCCGGUACAAAUGCAAGUCCUGCAGCUUUAUAUAAAUUAACAGUACCUUUGUUAAGAUGUGAGGUAGUGGAUGUUAGAGAUGCUGCUGUACAAGCAAUUGGAAAAGUAAACGCUGAUGCGUUGAAAGAUUUAAUGGAAGAAUUAGUUCCUUAUAUUCGGGAAGCAGUUGAUCGUAAACAAGAAAAUAUGAGACGAAGAAGGCGAAGGGAUGCGUUGAGAUUGCAACUAGUAAGAGUAUUAGAACUGAUUGCUGAAUAUGGAACGUUUGGUAUUUGUCCUGCGGUAUUAGAUCGAGAAACACAAUCGCUUCAUCCAACAUUUGUCGAAUAUAUCGAUGGUGCCCGUUUGUAUCUAGAGAAUGAAACCGAUAAAGAAGCUCCUGCAGUUCGUGAUAUCAAAUUGCAUUUCUGUAAUUUCAUAAGAAAAAUGAUCAAGAGUUUUUCAUUGGAAACAUGUCAUACAUUGUUAAAAAGGGACUUAAGACGGAAUUUAUUUAUGCUAUUUGCUAGUUGGUCAGGCCCCUAUGGAAGACCGCUUGCAAGUACAUCUUCGCUCCACGAAGAAGAAAAAUCAUAUACAGAAUUACAACUUUCAGCGCUACAAGCUAUGAGCGGACUAUUAUGCUGCGGUCCUUGUUUUAAUCCGCAAUCACUUUCAGAAGAAGGAGCAAUACUUUAUCAGUGGCUAGAUUUAUUACUGGCAAGCAAAGACGAAAAAAUCUAUGCUCUUGCUCGGGAAACAGUAGUUUUAUUGUUAGAAUGCAAUCCCGAUAUUGGAACACUUCUUGAUUGGGUAGUCGAUCGAUGUUACACUGGUGCUUCACAAGUCGCUGAUGGUUGUUUCCUUGCUUUAGCGACAAUUUUUAGUGCAAGAGAGUAUCCUUGUGAUCAUUACACAAGCAUCAUCAAUGUUACUCUAAUGAGUACGGGUUGUCCUCGUGCCCCUGUUCAUGAUGCAGCUCUCCAACUUCUUCAAUUGUUGGAUCAAAGAUUUUUCGGAAAUGUGGGUCCUCUUCCAGCCACAGAACCGGAGACCAGUCAGGAUGACCCUGUUGGGGGUUCAUCAACUACAGCUACUUCUGCACCAGGACAACAAAGUAAUCCUAUCGGUGGAAUAUCCUCAAAUGGUACAAUUAGGGGUGGCACUCUUGAUGUACUUUUAUCAACCACAUAUUGUCGUAAUCAAAUGUAUCUUUCUCGUCAACUUGCUCAACUUCAUCCGGAGUUGACGAUGCCUAUGUUUAGUGAAAUUACACAUAGAUUUCAAACGGCUAGAAGGGAAGUACGACAAUUGUUACUUCAGUACUUGUUACCCUGGUUGCAUAACAUGGAAUUAGUGGAUCCAAAUGUACCACCACCCUCCAAUCCCCUGAGUUAUUAUCAGUGUAACAAUGUGAUCCAGUUUCAGUGAAAGGAUCAAAAAGUAAAGUUUUGGAGGCGCCGGGUAUCGAUCCCAGUACCUCUCGCAUGCUAAGCGAGCGCUCUACCAUCUGAGCUACGCCCCCUGUGAUUAUCUUUUUGAGAAAAUCAUUUUUGUAUCAAAAAAAAAGAAAGAAUUAGACAAAAUUUAAAAUUCAGUAGUAUAAUAUAGGAUGUAUCAGACAUCAUAUCUUGAGUGCGACUGACUGUCCUGUUCUAGUCUUAUACUACUUACAUGCUGGUUGGGAUAUUGUUAAUA